UUUUUUCAUGUGAGGGCAAAGCACUGUUGAAGGCACUACAAAAACCACUGAUAUUGAUGAAUUACACUGGCCAAUGUCGGCUGCACCGGUUCUGAUCGAAAACAUGGAGAAUAUGUAACAAGAAAAACCUAUUUUGUCUUUUUAAUAAUCAACCGUCCAAAAAAAGUGCCAAAAUGGAUUACAACCCGAAUGGAACAUCGUACAUGCAUCACACCUACUCAAAUACUGAGAUCUCUCAGUGGGCCACGCAGGAACCGCAUGCCCCCUAUGCUACGAUAAAAAACUCCCACUCUAUGAAGUUUGGGAGGUCGUUGAGACCAACGUCAGCUCCUGUCAAAUCUGAGUAUGCCCAAAUGCGACGGCCUCCAUCAUCAUCAUAUAGCAUGAGAGAUGACGACAGUGGCAUCUACCGACCACCCUUUGCACCCCGCAAAACAGAUGCUAUGUUCACACACUUAGGACACGGUAAGGGCGGGUCCCUACCCUCUUACAACCCCUUACAUGACCCGCACCUGCAUGAAUUUUACGAGCGAAGAUUUGGAAGAAUGGUCGAAGACGCUGAGCGUCUUCAACGGUUUCGCCAUGACAAACAGGCUCAUCGGGUCGUGCUGAGGAAACAAAUGAAAGAACGAGGCAAAUCGUCAUCAAAAAUGGUGCUAUAUAAGGUUGCCGUGACGACGGGUGACCAGAAAGGGUCAGGAACAGAUGCCAGAGUAUUUCUGCGAGUGAAUGGAACAAAAGGCAAGCUGCCGAAAACCCGCUUAUACAAGCUACCUGGAAAGAAGGACGAUGAAAAAGAAGCCUUCAAAUUUUCGCGGGAAAAACCGAUGACUGCCGCUGCAAAGAAACAGCGAGAGAAGGCUGUGCCAUUCAAGUUCUCGAAGGGGACAACACAUGUGUUCAAAGUGAAGGCAGCAGAUUUUGGAGAGAUCAAGUCGAUUCAUUUAGAGCAUGAUGGCCUUGGCAAGCAGCACAGCUGGUACCUAGAGUCUGUCGAGAUCAUCAACACGGCCAACAAGAAGUCAUGGUUCUUCAGAUGUGCACAGUGGCUUUCAUUGCAUGUCGGCGACUGCCAAAAUAGCCGAGAACUUUUCGCCAAAAAGAGUGCGAAAACAGAAUAUGAGAUCAUUGUGGUCACAGGUGAUGUGAUCGGGUCUGGUACGAACGCCAACGUUUUCCUCACAAUUCAUGGGAAAUCUGGCGUAACUCCCAAGAUGCAUCUGAAGGAUACGUCGAAAAGAAUGUUUGAGAGAAAUCAGAGUGACAUCUUUGUAAUGAAGGCCAAUUGUGUGGGACCAAUGACAAAAGUGAGGAUACAGCAUGACAACACUGGGAAAUACCCUGGCUGGUAUGUCGAGCGCGUCGUCAUCACCGACCUCAAACACCCCAAGUGGAAAUACUUCUUUCCUUGUGGACAAUGGUUGUCGAGGACAGAGGGGGAUGGGUCCAUCUGUAGGGAUCUCCUCGGUAGCCAGGACCCUCUGGCCCAGCGGAAAGCGAGUCAGUAUCGUGUGACCGUCUUCACGGGGAACGUCAGAGGGGCCGGUACGGACGCCAACGUCCAUGUCUGUCUCUUCGGAGAUCAAGGCGAGUCGACGCCGAAACGCCUGGACAAGACGGGAAAUAAUUUCGAAAGAGGAAAGAAAGAUGAAUUCAUGAUCAGUUGCCCUGCUGUGGGAAAGAUUCAGCGCAUAAGAAUCGGCCACGAUAACUCUGGGCCAAGUCCUGGAUGGUUCCUUGAUAAGGUGAUCGUCGAUGACUUGGAGCUGAACCGAGUUUAUGAGUUCCCGUGCCAACGCUGGUUUGCGAAAGACGAAGAUGACGGGAAGUUGUCACGAGAGCUCGUGCACGGCAUUGGUAUUGAUGAUGCCGUCCCAGGUAUACCCUAUCAGAUUCGGAUGACAACGGGUGAUGUCCGUCUGGCCGCUACAUCUGCACGCGUCUUCAUCAUCCUGUAUGGCGGGAAAGACGGCGAAGAGAACAGCGGGAAAAUCUGGCUGGACAACGGCCAAUUCCAGCGCGGGAAAACGGAUAUCUUUGAUGUGGAGGUGGUAAAGAUGUUGAUGCCACUCACACGGAUAGAUGUCGGCCAUGACAACUCCGGUCCUGGACCAGGGUGGUAUUUAGACAAGGCUGUGAUAAGUUGUCCCAGCGCGGGUAUCGAGCAGACGUUCUUGUGUAACAAAUGGUUUGCGCUGGAUGAAGGUGAUGGUGUGAUUGAGCGCACGCUGUAUGAACAGAAGACCAUGCGCAAAGAGCAGGAGAAGAAGAUCACAUGGUUUGUGAGAGUGUAUACCAGCAACAUGAAGAACGCCGGCACCGAUGCAAACGUCAACAUUGUCGUCUACGGCUUCGGCAAGAAGAAGGAAGUGCUCAAGUCAGACGUUGUACCGCUGAAAGCCAUGGGUGACAUGUUCGAGUCCGGCCAGUGCGACAAGUUCAAGAUUAGCAUGUGUGAGAUCGGUACGCCGUUUAAGUUGAGAGUUGGCCACGACAACCAUGGCACUGCUUCCGGUUGGCACUUAGAAAGGAUCGAGAUGGAAAACAUGGUGACGAAGAAGAAGUACUCGUUCAACUGCAAGCGGUGGUUGGCGAGGGGUGAAGAUGACUGGUCUAUAGUCCGGGAGAUGUCCGCUGAGGGCACUGACGUCAAGAAACCAGUACCAUUGACGAAGUACGACGUUGAGGUCUACACUGGAAACAAGAUGGCCGCCGGUACCGACGCCAAUGUUUUCCUGAAUAUCUACGGUGAGCAGGGCGACACCGGAGAUCGUGACUUAGUCAAGUCGUCGACACACAGGAACAAGUUCGAAAGGGCGAAGACACCAGACGAGAUGGAUAAAUUUGAAAUCGAGGCGUGUGACCUGAAGCAACUGAAGAAGAUUCGUAUCGGUCAUGACGGGAAGAAUCCCGGUGCUGGUUGGUAUCUCAACAAGGUCGUCAUACAGGAAGCUAACCACCCGGAGACCAAAGUCACAUUUGAUGUAAACCGUUGGUUGGCUUUCGACGAGGAUGACGGAGCGAUUGUGAGAGAAAUCACUGCACAAGGUGCUCAAGGGUUAACAACCACCUCCUACCAUGUCCACGUCAAGACAGGCGAGUGUAAAAAUGCUGGGACUGACUCGAACGUCCAUGUACAGCUGUUCGGGUCCUCUGGUGACACAGGCAAGCUGUUCUUGAAGAGCGCUGACAAUAACUUCAACAAGUUCGAGAGAGGCAGGACGGACUUGUUUAAGCUGGAGGCUGCAGAUAUUGGAAAGAUCUGGAGGCUGCAUAUUGGUUUAGGCCUCGAGGAAACGAUUGAGAAACUUCGAGUCGGCCAUGACAGUUUCCUGGCAUCUGCCGGAUGGUUCUUGGACGAGGUCCGUGUUGAUAUACCAUCCCGCGGUGAAUACUAUCGCUUCGCGUGCCAUCGUUGGCUGGACAAGGGUGAAAUGGACGGGAAGACAGAAAUCGACAUCGAACCAUCGGAGAUGCGCGAAGGACAGAUAUCCAUCCCGUACGAAGUAACAGUGUGGACUGGGGACAAGUCUGGUGCAGGGACUGACUCUAACGUCUUCCUGCAGAUGUACGGAGAGAAAGGCAAGACCGAGGAAUUCCAGUUGAGGAACAGAACGGACAACUUUGAAAAGAACCAAAUUGAUAAAUUUAAGAUUGAGGCUGCGGACAUCGGUCACCUGCUGAAAGUGCGUAUCGGACACGACGGCACUGGGCCGUUAUCAGGCUGGUAUUUGAAUAAGCUGAUGAUCCAGCGACACUUCAUCAAACAGACGGCAGUCGAGCGACGCAAGGCGCAGAUGAAGAAGAAACACUCUACGUUGUCGCGCAUGAGUCGGUCAGGGUUUCACGACGAUGAAGACGAUGACCCACGGGCUAAACCAGGACUUCGGCGGCAGUCGUCCAUGACGUCAUUGGGCGACAAAGAGUUUGAACGCUACUGGUUCGUGUGUAAUAAAUGGUUCGCCAAGUCGGAAGGCGAUGGGUUAAUCGUGCGAGAGUUGCUCCCAACGACAGAGGACGGAAAGGUUCUUAAUACAGGCCUUGAGGAGGUUGAAUACGAGGUUCGAGUUCGCACCGGAGAUAAAUUAGGUGCAGGGACGGAUGCGAAUGUGUUCAUCACGAUUGCUGGAGAGAUUGGCGACACUGGCGAGAGGCAACUCCGCAAAUCAAACAACAUCAACAAGUUUGAGAAAAGCCAGGUUGACAUCUUCAAGCUGCCUGCGAUUGACCUUGGCCCACUGAAGAAGGUCAAGAUUCGUCAUGACAACAAAGGUGGGGGUGCGGCCUGGUUUCUCGAUUAUGUGGAAAUCGAUGAUCCCAAGGGUAAACAAAACUACUUCUUCCCCUGCCAGCGCUGGAUGGCAACUGAUGAGGAUGAUGGGCAGGUGGCACGCGAGCUUGUGCCUGUCGACCCGAGCAUCAAGAGCCGUUUACAGGGCAAGGGCUCUGAUGCCGUCAGGAAAGAGAUCGCAUUUGUCACGAAAGCACAUAUGAACACAUACCAUGUGAAUGUGACGACCGGGGAUGUGUGGGGAGCCGGCACCGACUCCAAUGUCUACAUCUAUUUGUUUGGGGACAAGGACGACACAGGCAAGGUGUUGCUGAAGUCCUCGCUCACCCACAAGAACAAAUUCGAGAGGAACCAGACGGAUGAGUUUGUUGUGGAAGCCGUCGACAUUGGCGAGCUACAGAAGAUACGCGUUGGCCAUGAUGGUGCAGGUGGAGGGGCCGCCUGGUAUCUUGACAAGGUCGAGAUUGACUGCCCGUCGUUGGGCCGUCGCUGGCUCUUCCCGUGCGGGCGUUGGAUGGGCAAGGGCGAGGACGACGGGUUGUUGGAGCGAGAGUUGUUGCCACAAGAGAUGGCCACCGAAGAGUACAUUCCCUGUGUACCAUACGAGAUCGUCACAUACACCAGCAACAUCUCGGGAGCAUCCACCGAUGCUGACGUCUACAUCGUUGUCUACGGGAAGGAGUUAGUCACGCAGCAGAAGACGCUAUGUGUCAGCAAGCAGGAGAGGAAGAAGUCAUUCAAGAAGGGCCAAGUCGAUAAGUUUGUUCUUGAGUUGGAAGAUAUUGGUGAGCCAAUUGAAAAGAUUCGUAUAGGCCAUGACGACAGUGGGUUUGCAUCCGGGUGGCAUCUGGACCGCGUAGAUGUCAAGAAACUCAAAACAAAAGGAUCGGAAUCCAGUCAGGGCGCUACAACAUACACGUUUCCAUGCGGGCGCUGGCUGGCGCGUAGCGAGGAGGAUGGUGCCAUCGCUAGGGAGCUGGUUGCAGGCUCAAUCGUCGAGGAGACGAUGAAGAAGGAUGGCACUGUCAGGAAGAAAGAGAUAAAUAGGAAGAAUACACUUGUUGCCAAGAAUUAUGAGAUAGAUGUGUACACUGGUGACGUCAAAGGUGGCGGCACUGAUGCUAAUGUCUUCUUGACGCUCCACGGUGAUAAGGGUGACAGUGGGGAAAGAAAACUAGUGAAAUCCGAUACGCAUAUGGAUAAAUUCGAGCGAAACCAACUGGAUAAAUUCAAAUUUGAAGCCGUCGACCUCGGCAAGUUAUACAAGGCCAAGAUUCGUCAUGACAACUCGAUGUUGAAUCCGUCUUGGUUUUUGGAUCGGAUUGAAGUCCGUGACACAAAGGAUAAUGAGAAGUAUGUCUUUCACUGCGAGAGGUGGCUGGCUAAGAAUAAGGACGAUGGAAAGAUCGAUAGGGCGAUUUACGUCAAGGGCUAUGAGGGCGACAUGUCCAGCACAAGCACGUUACAUUCCACCAAGAUUGGCUCCAUCACGAGUCUGGAUUCAUUCAGGAGCGGUGAGCCAUUCAGCAAGAGCCCAAAACUCUCUAAGAAAUUCUCAAGCAUCGAAGAAAUGCCUGAGGGACCAACUGUGCCUUACACUGUCAAGGUUCAAACCGGUGAGGGACAGGAUUGCGGCACCGACAGCAGUGUGUGGGUCCGGAUAAUUGGCCCGAAGAAAAAACACACCGGCAGGUUAUUCUUGGAGCUUGUUUCGCAGAAGAGACGUUUCGAGCCUUCGUCUGUUAAUACUUUCUCUCUGGAGGCGGUGGACGUUGACUUAGUGAAGAAAAUUGAGAUCGGCCACGAUGGUGUCACACCAGGCAGUGGCUGGUUCGUGAAGGAAGUGGAAAUCGACAUGCCCACGAAGGGGAAACACUAUUUCUUCAACUGCCACGCGUGGCUGGCUAAGGAUAAGGGUGAUGGCAAGACAACGAGGUUGUUUGCUGUGGAGGAUGGAGAAAGUACCAUGACCACUUAUAAACCAAAGAUACCGUAUGAGUUGACUGUGGUAACAGGUGACAUGCAUGGUGCGGGCACCGACGCACAGCUCGCCAUCACGGUGUUCGGUAUGAAUGGCACAAGUGGAGAGCUCAACCUUGACAAGAGUGAGCACAGAUUUGAGCGAGGCAAAACAGAUCUGAUCAAGAUUGAAAUUGACGACAUUGCGCCACUGAAGAAGAUCAGGAUUGGUCACAAUGGGAAGGGGAGUCGCGUGGACUGGUACCUGGAGAAGGCCACACUGCGUAACAUGAAUACUGGUGACCUGACCGUGUUCAACUGUAACAAGUGGUUCAGUAAGACUAAGGAGGACAAUUUGAUGGUGCGCGAUAUCCCUGCCACCAUACGAGGAGUGGAGCAAGUCAAGAGAACUGAUUACAAGAUCAACGUGAAGACUAGCGAUGUCCGUGGGGCUGGCACAGAUGCCAAUGUUUUCGUCGUCAUCUUCGGCGAGAAUGGCGACUCAGGCGAAAUUCACCUCGCCAAGUCCGAGACGUUCAAAUCUCCGUUUGAAAACAACCAACUUGAUGUGUUCACGUAUAAGGGUCUCCUGUCGCUGGGGGAGCUCAGUAAGCUGAGGGUAUGGCAUGAUAACAAAGGAAUCGGAGCAGCGUGGCAUCUCAACUACAUAGAAGUGGAAGACCUCGGCAAGAGGGACAAGAAGUUUAUGUUCCCUUGUAACAAGUGGCUGUCGCGGUCUGAGGACGAUCGCCAGACGUGCCGGGAACUGACGUGUGCCAAUGCAAAGAAGCCAACUGCUAGCUCUAAAUCAACAUAUGAUAUUGUGAUCAACACCUCUGAUAAACAGCAGGCAGGCAUGAUCCACAAUGCUUGGCUCAUCUUGCAGGGAGAGUUGAGAAACUCUGAGGAAUUCGUCAUGGAAAACAGUGCCAAAAAUAAGAUACUUCGACGAGGCCAGACUGAUUCGUUCAAACUGCCGUGCAAGAAUCUCGGAAAGAUAAAGAAGUGCAUUCUGGGUGCAGUUGAGCGGGAAGAUCGGCCGAUUCCUGACGAUGCCGAGGGUAGAGAUGUCAUGUGGCACUGUCAUGAUGUGACCGUCAUUGAUACGAAUCUCGGAAAUAAGUACACAUUCAAAUGCCAACAAUGGAUUACAAUCUGUGAAGACAUUGAUCAUAAAUACGCCAAGAAACUCGAGGUGAAAGAUGUUGAGGAGAACAAGGUCAGCAUGGUGAGACAACUUGCCGCAGUCAAGUAUGAGAUCGUCGUGGUGACGGGCGACAUCAAGGGUGCUGGCACCGAUGCCAAUGUCACCGUCUGCGUCUUCGGCGAACACGGCGACUCGGGAAAGCGUCCACUCAAACAGAAGUUCAGGGAUCUCUUUGAGAGGGGCCAGACGGAUAAGUUUCAGAUUGAGACGCUUGACCUGGGCGAACUCAAUAAAGUCAAGAUCGAACAUGAUAACUCUGGUUUUGGCGCUGGCUGGUUCCUCGAACGGGUGGAAAUAAUAAACAUGGCAUCGAACAAACGGUGGACAUUCCCAUGCCAACAGUGGCUCGACAAGAAGAAGGGAGAUGGAGAAAUCUGCAGAGAGAUAUUUGUCAAGGACUAAAGGAUGUCUCUCUGUGGAGAUUGAAACACUGAUCUGCAGAGAGAUAUUUGUCAAGGACUAAAGGAUGUCUCUCUGUAGAGAUUGAAACACUGAUAUGCAGAGAGAUAUUUGUCAAGGACUAAAGGAUGUCUCUCUGUAGAGAUUGAUACACUGAUCUGCAGAGAGAUAUUUGUCAAGGACUAAAGGAUGUCUCUCUGUAGAGAUUGAAACACUGAUCUGCAGAGAGAUAUUUGUCAAGGACUAAAGGAUGUCUCUCUGUAGAGAUUGAUACACUGAUCUGCAGAGAGAUAUUUGUCAAGGACUAAAGGAUGUCUCUCUGUGGAGAUUGAAGCACUUAUUAUCUUACUCAAAACCAUGACCUAUCUGUCCAGGAUAUAAUAAUUGUGGUUUUAAGAUGUCAAGAAUCUCAGGAAAUAUUCUACAAGUCACAUAAAUCCAUCGUGAUUAUGAAUACCAAGGUACAAAGAGGAUUAAAGUUAACGACACAAGUAGGCCUACCGUAGCUUAAUGAUUGAGGUUUUUAUCAAGUCUAAGUCUGUGUUAUGUAUAUUCUUGAUGAUUUACGUUCAACCCAAUUAUGCUUAUUGCAAUUUCUUCAGUAUGUAUGACUCGUUUUAUUUUCAAAUUUAUAUCAUUGUAUUGUGAAAAUUUUAAGCAAAAUAUGUCUAUUGAGAAGAAUUAUAUCUACAUGUUUUUAAGCAGCAAUUAUCAUGAUUAUAGGGAAACGUUGUCAUUGAUGAACAUUGUAAAUCUGUGAUAUUGUAAAAAAUAUAUUUCUUGUAGAUGUAUAAAUCACAUUAAAGUAGGGAUUGCGGUCUUUUUACCCCCAGUCACCUAGUUGUUACUCGUAUCAUUUGAAACGUGGUAAACAGGGCCUACAACAAUUUAAAAGCAUAUAAUGACUAUAAAACAUAUAUCAGUCCACGUGAGAAUUAGGCCGAGAGGGAUGACUGACCAUCACCCAAAAAGGCUAGGAGAAGAAACGACUGGAUCCCCUUUUUAGAAGUAGAUCAGUAUGUUUCGCUAUUUUUGUAGUCUCUUGAUGCAGGUUUAGUUCUCUAGGGGUAGUCUGUUUCUUGAUAGUACCAGUAGAUAACUUGUGUAGUGAAUGAGGCCCUUUGUCCACAAUAGAUAGGAAAUGUAUUCAAUGUGUUUACAAAUUAUUUUGAUAUCAGAAUAUUGAGUUGAUUUAAUCAGUCAGUUGAGUCCGUCCAUUUCUUCUGAACUUUAAUUGAUAAGUUACAUUCUGUUAAAGUUCAGUAGAUUAUUGUAUUUUUGUCAUAUUCGUCAAGAUGGUCUCCGUACUAGUAGUCAUCAAACCACAUAAUUGAAGCGUUGAGAUGCAAAAAAGCAAAAGCCAUUCUGAAUAAAUAUAAGCGAAUAAUUGUUGUUAAGUGGGCAGACAGUACUAAAAUUCAAUGCAAAACUGGAAAGACUCCAUGUCAAAAAUCAUGUGAUAAGAUGUCACAAAAACCAUAAGAGUCGCAGCAGGACAAGUUUGUUUGCUCCAAAUUGCAUGUAAUUGCAUGUAAUUGCACGUAAUUGCAUGUAAUUGCAUGUAAUUGCAUGAAGCCGUAAGAUCAAAUUGAUCCUUCUCAUGUGCACAAUCAUCAUCAUCAAACACCAAUAUUGACAUAACUAAUAUCUAUCUACGUUAGUUGUAGUUGUAAAUUUUAUUUAUUUUUAUCUCCGUCUUCGUCAUUGCUGUAUGUAUAUGAAUUGAUGAGUGCCAUGACAGUGGCCUAUAUUGACAUCAUUCUACAGAGAUGUAUGUAAUUUGUUAUAAAGUGUACUUUAUCUUGACAUUUUAAGAACAAUAGAGGACUUAUACAUAAA